ACCUGGGAUGCCAUUUAUUUUUCGAACAGUUGAGGGCGGUAAUGAGCUAUGGCUGUUUUUAUUCUGCCUGAAAGCAACGAAGGAGACUGAAUGUUAGCCUCACCAUGGCGGAAACACAACAGCAGUCAGGAUCCACCCCUGAGGAUGAAGCACCUCAAGUCCCAGACAGCGUCACCUUCAUGGUACCCAAGAAAGAGAUCAGCAUGGUGCCUGAUAUGGGCAAGUGGAAGAGAUCUCAAGCAUACGCUGACUACAUGGGAUUCGUUCUGACACUGAAUGAAGGUGUGAAGGGAAAGAAGUUCACAUCUGAAUAUAAAGUGUCAGAGACAGUGGAGAAGUUACUAGAUCUUUUGGGGACUCUGGACCGGUGGAUAGACGAGACCCCUCCUGUUGACCAGCCAUCACGCUUUGGUAAUAAGGCUUUCAGAACCUGGUACGCCAAACUAGACCAGGAAGCAGAGGCCUUGGUUUCAACAGUGCUCCCUGCUGACAAAAGUGCUGCAGCUCCAGAGAUAGCUGUCUAUCUGAAAGAGUCUGUGGGGAAUGCCACCAGGAUAGACUAUGGAACAGGUCAUGAAGCUGCGUUUGCUGCGUUCCUCUGCUGCCUCUGCAAGGUUGGAGCUCUCAGGGUAGAUGAUCAGCUGGCUAUCGUUUUUCAGGUUUUUAACAAGUAUCUGACAGUGAUGCGUAAGCUGCAGAAGACCUACAGAAUGGAGCCAGCUGGGAGCCAAGGUGUGUGGGGACUGGAUGACUUUCAGUUUCUGCCCUUCAUUUGGGGAAGCUCCCAGUUUGUAGAUCACCCAACGCUGGAGCCUCGGCACUUCCUCGAUGAGCGGGUGGUGAACGAGCACCAACACGAGUACAUGUUUCUGGAUUGCAUCAAGUUCAUAAAUGAGAUGAAGACUGGUCCGUUUGCGGAACACUCCAACCAGCUGUGGAACAUCAGCGCUGUUCCUUCCUGGUCCAAAGUCAACCAGGGCCUGGUCAGAAUGUACAAGGCGGAGUGUUUGGAGAAGUUCCCUGUGAUCCAGCACUUCAAAUUUGGUAGCCUGCUGUCCAUCCAGUCUGGGAAGCCUUAACGCUCAUGCCACGCACACAAUGGAAAGACCAAAAUCCCAACAGUUGGAACCAACCGUUUUCCCUUUCCUUCACGUGCAAACAACAGUAGCAGAAAUCAACCACAUGUAGUUUGACACACGCAUUCCCACAUGUGAACACGUGUGGUCAUGAAACCUUGCAGUGAUUCCAUAACUUUAAUGUAGAGCAUGUUGUGGAUGACUUUAGUGAUUUUGGAGCAUCUUUAUAUUUUGGUCAUUUUAUUUAUAUUAUGGAUAGAGUUUAAAUCAGGCUCCUUUUUUUUUGAGGAAUUUCUUUCCUUUUUCUUUUUCAUUUUUAUUAUUUUUUAGAAAUGUGCUUAUUGAUGCUUGAAUUUACCUCAAAGUGUGGAUCCCUGUGAGCAGUAGGCUCAUUCAGAGUGAGGUGAUGCAAUUAAGAGUUUGUGUGACUUCUUCUAAAUCUUUUGAGUUUGUUUGAUUUUAGUUGUUUUUUUUUCUUGGUUUUGCUUUUAAGAUCAGAUGUUUUCAUUUUGUUGCAAAUGUACCACUAUUUUAAUUGCCCAGUUCAUCCCAACAUGUAAGUCACAUUAUAAUUUGCAAAGAAAUAACUUUGUGUGAGUGUUUUUUUUUCUUAAACAAGAUGUCUAUUGCACAAAGGGAAAAAGUAAAGGACUAGAUUAUUAAAGCUUCCAUAACAGCUCAUCCAAAGUGAAAUGUACAAAUGUUAAUUCACCAUAAUUUCUUGAAAAGUCAAUUUAGGUCUUACUGUAUAUUUUGCAUAUUUCCCCCUCACAGUCUGUCCUUUACCAGUCACUGUCAAUAAUCUAGGCCCAUCUCACCCCAGUCUUAAGUUUGUAUAGGUUCAGUUAUGGUAAACAUUGUAAAUUGACAAACCAUACUUGAACACAUUCUUGUGGUUGUGCAGUGCAGCUUUUUCCUCGAAGUUCUCAAGCCAAGUACAAUAACGUAGUUUUUUACACCAGGUUGUGUGUUAAAUCCUGCAUGUGUUUCAAUUGGCACGUUUUAAAGAUCAUGGCAUGCAUUUUUAAUUUAAUAAAAGAAAAGCUAUUUUUGUGUGUAUACAUUGACCUGUCGUACCUGAUUUAAUAAAUUCUGUCACCCCACCA